AUGGCAUCUCCCUUGCAAGAGGGCCACAGGUGUACGGGGUGGCGCCUCACCUGGGCACGCCGUCGUCUCAGUUCAAGGCCUCACCCCUCUCGGCCCCGAGGUUUCCAGGGCGGGCAGGCUAAAUGGAACAGCAGCAACGAUGCUGCGGCAUCUGAGGGUAGCAGUCUCUUCAGUUGCCAAACUAGCAGUGACAAUGGCUUCCGUACGGGGUGUGAAGGCAGCAAGGGGUGCUGCCAGCCUAAAGCCUUGUGUCAAGGCUUUAUUGAUAAGGUAUUCUUUCCAGAAUUCUGGGUCGUGGCGUGGAAAAACCUGAAGGCGAGCUGGGUGCAUCGUUUGGUUCGCUCAGUGAAGAUCUCGGCGAUGAUGGUGUUGGCGAUCCACAUGAACCUGCAAUUAGCGGCCGAAAACUACCUUGGGACCAACUUUUUGCUGCUUACGUACUGCCUCAACGCCACUCUUUUGCCGGAAUACAGCUCUUCCUUGUACAGUGCAAUUUGGGUCUGGUUGCUGACAAUUGUGGUGACAUUUGUGGUGACAUUGCUCUCUUUCGCAGCGUUAUAUGUAGGCGGAGUGGGAGGCCAGUUUGUUGCCCUGGCAGUCAUUUUUAUUUUGCUUUCUUGGGUGACCGUUUUUCGUAUACCGAUGCUCUACCGGGUCCCACCCUUUAGGGAGGCGAUCGAUUCUACGCACCUUGGAAAAUUUGCGCUAACCUUCAUCCCCUAUAACUCGUGCUGCAUGCUGAUGAAGCUGCGCAACAUGAUGAGCACGUUUGAAGAUAUCACGGACGGCAUCCAAUAUCUCUUUACUUACCUCUUCUGGUCCAUGGUCUUCACUCUCGUAGGCCUUGCACUCUUCGCCGUGCAGAUAGCCACGCCACCCUGGAACUCCCAAAGGACCAUCGCCAGGCGGCAGCUUAGAGACAACAUGACCGAGGUGGCUGACGCUUUGAGGGCCCUUGACAGCACACUCCAGCGGUUGACUCAAACACUCACUUUGGCAGAUGACAAGGCCUUCUCCGCAUCCAAAACGGAGCUGGAAGUGGCUGCGGCUACACUGGCCAACUCCGUCUCUCCACUCCUGCACGCCUUAGGUUCUCAAAGUGCCUUAAGGGUUCGGCUCGUAGAGAGUGGAAGGGAGCCGUACUGGCUGUACCCUGGUCCCCGUAUCAACGUGAUGCCGGAGAUGGCAAGGGUGCAGAAGGUACUGCUUCAGGCGAGCAUGCAUCUUGUAGGAGCCGCCAAGCAAAUGGCUCUUAUCGUUAAAGCCAUGGAUGUGUUUGUAGUUCAACGGUCUCGGGCUCUGCUCGCAAAUAUAGACGAAGUCAGACAUUCCGUCAAGAUUGCCAUUCUAGUUUGCAAGGAAGGCGCUGGUGUCCUUGCUCUCAGUCCUUCUCUGCGGAGGUGGACCACGUACAAUGAAAAGCUGAGUGCAGCAGCACAGCGUCUGAGUCGUUUGAGGGAACACAUGGAAGGGGUGCGAGCCCGCAGUUCCUUGGGCUAUGGGCCUCUUACGCGACAGCCGUCCAAAGGGGCACAGCUCGUGCAAAGAGCGCACGGACUUUUACAGCAAACAGGGGUGUUCCCUCCAAAGGAUAUUCAAUCCUGCAGGGAAAAUGAGGCCUAUGACAAUGAGGAGGAUACUGCAGGGCCAGAUGUGAGCCGAUCCGUUGAGCAGUCGUUGCCAAGUAUCCGCAAGCCAGGGCUAGGUAGGAAAGUAAGCUUUAGAGCCUCACAACCGGCUGAUCCAUCAGUUGCGCCAGACCACUAUCAGCCUGCAGUUGCAGAAGUUGUGCAUCCGUCCGCAUGGGGAAAGACAGCUAUGAAGUCUCGAAUCAAGCUCUUGCAUUCCAAGGCGGCAACGCAGGUCAAGCUGCCAAAGGGCAGAAUGGAGCUGGACACCUCUAUAGGGUCGCCUUUGGGGUCGGAGUACAACCCUUUUUUAAAUCUUCCGAGUCUGGACGUGCAGUCUUCCUUUGGUCGAUCGAUGAGCUGCAACGUGACCAGUCCACAGGGUUCUCUGUUUGAAAAUGCUUCUAUCUUCGAGACGAAAGCCAUGGAAAUUGGUACUAACAGAGCGGGAAGAAGAAAUGAGGGUGAGGACGACAAGUUGCCACUGCGUCUUGCUACGAUCCCAGUGCGAUCGGAAAGCAUGGAUGCCGGCGAUAUCAGAAACCAGGUGCUCUUGGAGGGCCUCGAACGAAGAGGGAAAGCCGACGAGUGGAUGGAAGAGCGUGAUUCAAGCGACUGCAUUGAGUCCAUGACUAGUGGAGCAUCAGGUAACACCGAAAAUCCUAUUUUUGGUGGUAAGCGAAUGCGGAUAAACGGAACAAGUGCGGCUGCCGCGGAUGCUGACGCCGAAGAACACUUUGCUGGUGGAGGAUCUGCAAGAGCCAAACCGCGACGCAGAGCACAACACGAUUAUGUUAGAGGCCUAGGCAAAGGUUCCGCCUCCACUGGGGACCUUAGUUGUCUUCCUUCAAUGGAAGUAGUGCAUCUUCUGGGGCUCCUAGGCCAAGAUGCUUCAUACUCUGGCCGCCAUGAAUUGGACCAAGGCAAAUCUAAUCUCCGACGCACGUCUUUUAGGCGUUUCUUCAAAAUGAACGACCCAGGGAAAGGGGUUCGGGGCCGUUUGGCCAGGGACGCCUUGACGGAAGUGGCAAAACCGGGGAUGAAUAAGUGGAUGCAUCAGUCUUCUUUAGCUGGGAGCUCCUUAUCGUCUAGUGAGAGGAAUUGGUAUACUCUAGAGAUGUACGAACGACAUCCAAAGGCAGUACAAGAUGAGAAUGCACUCAAGCAACAAGUUAAACUGACUAUGUUUGUUGUCUCCGUCAUUCAAAUUGCUAGUAAAGAUACUUUGGAUUUUUGUGCGGCAAUAGAGGCUCUCCUCUACGCGGACAGGACGCCUUCCUGGUGCCGCUUCUGGCUGAACAUUCGCAUGGUUUUUCUCUCGGGCACCAUCAUGGGCAUUCAGCUUUCUAGAGGGCUUUGGGAUAUUUUAUAUUUCUGGAGGUGGCGCUUCUCGGGGGCAGAAGCGUGGUUCAACGAUGUCGACACUGUCCACUGCCUGAAGUUUGUAAUUGGCAUUACGGGGCUUUACGCUGUUGGAGUUUUUGCUGAUAAGCAAAUAACCUUGUGGCUCGUUGGCUCAUUGGAUCUGAAGAGCGCUAUAAUGCCGGUAUCAUCUUGGUUGAUGUUGGGUUUUGUGUCUACUAUGAAGUGGACGUUCGAAGGCACCGUACACACAGCCACGAGCCGUCUUCUGGGUACAGUGUUGGGAUGUGGAUGCAUCUACGGAGCCAUGAUGACCACGAACGAUUACGGCAUGAUGCUAGCAUGGAACUUUAUUCUCUGCUUUGCAGCAUUCUUCAUCUUCGCCAACUCAGCAGAUGUGCACAGCACCUUUCAUCCCGAGUUCGGGUAUAUUGGGCAAGUCUUUCUUUGGACAUGUUUAUUCAUCUACCAAACGGUUUGGCUGUCCAUGGAGAGCAGUCCCAGCACCUUUGCAGCCUUAAAGCUAAACGUGACGAAUAGCCGCCUGUGGGGAAAUGUUAUUGGCAUUGUCACAGCAGUGGCUUUGUCCCACUUUCCUCCGUAUUUUUCGUCAGAGACGGAGGUGCGGUACAUCUGCCAGUCUCUGAUGGGCGAUUGCAGUCGCUGUGUUUCCCUUAUUGGGGCAGCCUUUGUCCGAAGCGUUUGCUCCUCUGCUCCGGCUCUUGCGGGGUGUCCCAACAGCAAUAUCUCUCAUCAGCAGCAGCUGCAGUCACAAGUUACUGGGGAAGUGCCGUUGCACUACCAAGGAGCGGUCAGUGCAAAAAACAAUCAUCCAGAUAAUCUCAUUGCCCGCACAAAAGAUACCCAAGCCGGCGAUAUAAAAACGGUAGUUGAUAAAACCAAGGCGGGUCUUACUUCCUCCCUUGUGUCUUCAACCGUACCCGGUGAAGAUUUAGUCGUGCACUUUCAGGAUAUACAGGACACUUUCAUCACCAACAGUGCACUCAAGCAGCCGAAAAGGGCUCAAGAGCCAAAAUGGAGAAGAGGUUGCUGCGGGAUUGGAUUUCUUGCAAUGCCGGAGACAUUCAGACGGACCCCUGUCGCUACUAUGCUUAGCCAUCAUAUGAUCAUUCAGGAAACAAUGAGAGUAGGCAGAAAACGGCGAUCAAAGCUCCGUAAGAAGCUACAGCGACCUGUCAGCGCCCUGAAGUCAAGACACUUUGUUUCACAUCUUCGUUCCCGCCAUCAGAGAUCCAGACAACUUGCAUCGCCGGCUGAGUGUCUUCAGAAGGCGACGGAGAUCUUGCAUCAUUCUUUCGAACCAAAACUGUUCGUUUGCCGCCGUUUAUUCCUAGAGGGCACUAAGUGCCCUCAUUCCCCUUUGUGGUGGGUGGAUGUAUCCCUGGGCAGAGUGCUGGACUUGAUGGAUUACCUGAGGAUGAGCAUUGCAGAUAGUUGUCAGGACUUCAUGGACUGUCUUGAGGCCAACUUCUCCGACCCAAGCACGCCUGGUGCUCCUCAGGCGACUGUCGCAAACUGCAAUCUUUUGAUGCAAACAGCAAGUGGCCGCCCUUUGCGGCAGCGUUUCGUAAAGCUCGUGGCAAUCCAGAAAGAGGCAUACAUGGACAUCGGGAACGAACUCGUAGCUGGUCGAGUUGGUUGUUGGAGUCGAAUGCCCGCCUUCAGCUCGUGCGAUUGUGGACGGCGACAAGUAUCGGAGUUGUACCUCGCCUCUGCCAAAGAGUACAUGCGGAAGAGGAAGGCGAUCGAAUUGACGCAGAGUGCUAUCCUCUCCGAUGUGGUGAAGUGCUCCCGGGAGUUGCGCAAACAAACUGGACACUCUGCUCAAGAAAGACGGAUGGCUCUGUCCGUGCUCUUGCUGCUUCUGCAAAAGAUUGAAAUGAGGCACGCAGUCACUGAUGACAUCCACAUGUACAUUGCCAAGUGUAUUUUAAGCCGAGCGCUCCCUGGUAUGGAUGUGGAGGAAGUGCUGAUGCGUCGGUGUGGAAGCGGUGAGAGGACGAGGCAUGAGGCGAGACACCAUACCCACGCACUGCUCUCAAGCACAUAUCGAAGAACACACCUUUUUGAAAUGACAGGGAGGCGCAAAGCAGUUCUCAAGGGUGGUGCUUCCCUAAGGAACUCUGUUCACUCUUGA